AUGAAGAAAUCCAAGUUUCCCACCCCUGAUAUUAGCCAUUUAAAGUCAGGAGAUUUUGAAAAGAUUUAUGAACCUGCUGAAGACACAUUUUUAUUACUAGAUUCACUUGAGAAAGACAUAGAUUUCCUGAAUAAUUUGAGACCAUCAAUCUGUGUAGAAAUCGGCUGUGGUAGUGGAGUAUGUUUAACAUUUCUAGCUCAGAUUCUCAAUAUACCAGCUUAUUUCAUUUCUACAGAUAUCAACCCUGCUGCAGUAGAGCUAACUGGACUCACAGCCCAACAAAAUGGUGUAAAUAUACAGACAAUUCUGUGUGAUUUGGUGAGUGGAAUUGAAGAUAGACUAGAACAUCAAGUUGAUACUCUGUUAUUCAAUCCUCCAUAUGUAGUUACACCAUCAAGUGAGGUGGGUACGCCAGAUAUUUCAGCAUCGUGGGCCGGUGGGGUGAAAGGUCGUGAGGUCACUGACAGACUGUUACCAAAAAUAGAAAAACUAUUGUCUGAUAAUGGCAUCUUCUACUUAGUUAUCAUUAAAGAAAAUAAUCAAGAUGAAAUACAUGAUUUGGUUGGAAGAGAGAAGUUUGACUGUGAGACUGUACUGAGUCGACGAUCAGGACCUGAAUUCCUCUCAGUUUUACGUUUUACUCGAAAAAUCACCUGA